AUGCAGGCCCGAGUUAGGAACAUAGAAUGGCCUUCGCAGAUUCCAGACAAUGAAUGGGCUUCGGUCAAAGAGGGGAUUCCAAGUACUGAGGAGCCAUUCAUCUCCCAAUACGUGUCUGGACGUGAAGCUCUCAUUGCACAGGAGAAGAAACAACGAAGCGAUCACUCAUUCCGCCAAUCCCUCUCCCCAAUCGGACGUGAAGCCUGCGAAAUCGUCUCCCGCAUCCGCGCUGAAGAACAGGCCUCAAUAUGGAACUCCGGACUCGAAGGUAUCCUGGCCCAGAAGGCAGGCGGGAACGUAUAUCCGGGCAUGAUGUUUAGUCUUGCCAAGGACCGGAUGGAGAAGACGAAGCUGUGGCAAAUUGUGAGAAAGAUGCCGAAGGGCGCGUUGCUGCAUGCACAUAUGGACGCUAUGGUAGAUUUCGAUUACUUAUUCAAUGUGUUGCUGGAGACGAAGGGUAUGCAUAUUUAUUCUACGCAGCAUUUGGGGACCGAGGAAGCAAGGGGGGGAGCGUCGUUCAAGUUUCGGUUUCAAAAAACUGAUAGAGUGGGUGAGAAAUCGAUUUGGAGCUCGGAGUACAACUCUGGCACGCCAAUUCUUCUCACAGAAGCGGCGGAUGCUUUCCCAAAUGGCGGUCGAGUGGGAUUUAUUGCCUGGCUGAAGAGUCGGACGACGAUCACAAAUACCGAAUCUAUUGAGCACCAUCAUGGUGUAGAUGCUGUCUGGAGAAAGUUCUCUUCUUGUUUCAGUAUUCUAAAUACUAUCAUUUUCUACGAGCCGAUAUUCAGGAUCUUCAUGAGAAGAAUGAUGAAGCAACUACUUGAUGAUGGCGUCAAGUGGAUCGAUUUGAGACUUGCAUUUACCUUCAGGUACUAUAGAGAGGGGAAGGAUGAGCCAGAAGAGAGUUUUGACAGGAUGUUCUACGUUUUUGGCGAAGAGAUUGAGAAAUUCAAGGCCUCUGAAGAAGGCAAAGGUUUCUGGGGCGCAAGAAUGAUCUGGACCGGUCUUCGAGUACUCGAUACGAGAAAGAUUAUAGAGGAUAUGGAUGCUUGCAUCACUAUCAAGAUGACAUAUCCUCACCUCGUCUCUGGAUAUGACUUGGUUGGACAAGAGGAUGCUGGUCGACCUCUAAAGGAUGUGCUUCCAGAGCUGUUCUGGUUCAAGAAACAGUGUGCUCAGGAAGGCGUUGAAAUCCCCUUCUUUUUCCAUGCUGGAGAAUGUCUCGGUGAUGGUAGCGACACCGACCAGAAUCUGUUUGAUGCUGUUCUUCUGGGGACCAGAAGAAUUGGCCAUGGCUUCUCGCUUUACAAGCACCCACUUCUCAUUGACAUGGUGAAGGAAAAGAAGAUUCUCGUGGAAAAUUGUCCCAUUUCCAAUGAGGUCCUUCGUCUGUGUACGUCGGUUAUGUCCCAUCCUUUACCAGCACUUCUUGCUCGCGGAGUCUCUUGCUCGCUUUGCAAUGACGACCCAGCAAUCCUGGGUCAGGACACCGCUGGGAUGACUCAUGACUUCUGGCAGGCUUUGCAAGGUUGGGACAAUCUUGGUCUUGCUGGACUUGGGUCCCUUGCGGAGAAUAGUGUUCGCUGGGCGGCAUUUGAAGACCAAAACUCCACGAAAUGGGUCCAGGACAUCAAGGAUGCCACUCUUGGAAACGGUGUGAGAGCCGAGAGAAUGAAGCAGUGGUCUGUGGAGUGGGAACAAUAUUGUUUGUGGAUUGUCACGGAGUUUGGCAAUGAUGCAGAUAAUUAG